UAUUGCUUCGUUUAAAUCGCGGCUUCCUUACUCUUAAGCGGCAAAGCCGGCUGCUAAUUUCCAAAGACCUCUGUGUGUGUGUGUCUCUCUCUCUCUCUCUCUCUCUCUCUCUCUCAUAAUUUUUUUUUUCCAUAAAAAAUGCCAUGCAACGCUGAUACAUGCACUUCUGCUUGGUAUAUUUAAUCGGAGUUUGCUUGAAUCAACGUUACUUUAUUUUCUGUUUGCAGUGGAAACAAUUCGAAAGUCAAACUCUAGGAGGAAAAAAAAAUGAAGAUCGAGGACCAAACUAGGUCCCUUUUUGGGAUUUCCCUCUCCGAUCGGCCAAUAUGGUUGCAAUUCCGCAUUUGCUCUUCUGGAUUCUUCUUUGGCUACCUAGUUAAUGGCAUUUGCGAGGAAUUCGUGUAUAAUCGGCUCCAGUUCAACUAUGGUUGGUAUUUCACCUUUGUGCAAGGAUUUGUCUACCUAAUACUCAUAUAUUUACAAGGAUUCACCACCAAGAAAAUGGUGAAACCUUGGAGGACAUACGUGAAACUCUCAGUUGCUCUUAUGGGUUCUCAUGGAUUAACAAAUGGGUCUUUGGCAUUUCUUAACUACCCAUCACAGAUCAUGUUCAAGUCAACAAAGGUCCUGCCAGUCAUGGUAAUGGGUGCUUUCAUUCCUGGCUUGAGAAGGAAAUACCUAGUUCAUGAAUACAUCUCUGCAAUGCUUCUAGUAAUUGGUCUGAUUCUUUUCACCUUAGCAGAUGCUCACACAUCUUCUAAUUUUAGCAUUAUUGGUGUUGAAAUGAUAAUGGGUGCUCUAAUCGUGGAUGCCUUUCUUGGAAAUUUACAAGAAGCAAUUUUUACCAUGAAUCCCGAUACCACACAGAUGACUAAUAGGCCUUUGGAUAUGUUAUUUUGCUCAACAGUUGUCGUGUUGCCUUUCUUGGCUCCACCUAUGAUCCUAACAGGAGAGCUGGUUAAGGCUUGGAAUUCUUGUUCAAAAGUAAGGAAGAUGCGAACCUCGUAUAUUACUUCUUCACUUUCUAAUUGCAUUUUACCGCUAUUGUUUGAAGCCAUGGCCACAUUUAUAGGGCAAGUGUCUGUUUUGUCUCUCAUUGCUGUCUUUGGAGCUGCCACAACUGCUAUGGUAAUUACUACUAGAAAGGUUGUCACUCUAUUGUUGUCAUACUUGAUAUUUACGAAGCAAAUAACCAAACAGCAUGGGACAAGACUAUUGCUCAUAGCCAUGAGAAUCGUUAUGUACAUGUUGCCCAAUUACAAACUUACAGGUCGAAGUGCAACGAGAUCCGCCGUCGUGAAGCAGAGAAAACAGUCCAUCAAAGUAGACAAUAGCCUGCUAGAAAAUGAAGGAAGUGUGGAGGAAGAGAAAAGGCCGUUAGUCUGAACAUAUAUGCAUAUUAUUUUUUCAUUUUGCUAAUUGAAGUCCCGAUAGAAAGAGCAUAUAGUAGAAUGAUAUUAUCCAUUUUACUAGGAAAUUGGAUGAUUUAAUAGAUGGAGUUUGUGGAA